CCAACUUGCUUCUCUCAACCAACAUCCAUCACGUACCUAUUUCCUCCAACCAUGUGUCCGGAAGACGAACAGACGACCGAGUUGCAGCAGGCCCUUGCUGAGAAUCCUCUGCAGGCGGACGACGCCCGACGUGAUGAUGAUUCCGUUUACGCCUCCUCAGCAGGCUCAGGGAGCUUCCAGACGUCCUUAGCUUCGAGUGUUCUUAACUACAAGUACGCGAUUUGGGGAAAUGGCCGCCGAUACCAUGCUUUCCGGGAAGGUUCCUACCUGAUGCCCAAUGACGAGGAGGAGCAAGAUCGAAUGGACCUGUUGCACCACAUCUACAACCUGGCUCUUGGGGGUGAACUCCACCGUUCUCCCGUCAAGGACCCUCAACGUGUACUUGAUCUGGGCACUGGUACUGGAGUUUGGGCCAUGGACUUUGCAGAUGAAAACCCUGGCGCGGAAGUUAUUGGAACUGACCUGAGCCCUAUUCAGCCUGGAUGGACCCCUCCUAACUGUGUCUUCGAGGUCGACGACUUUGAAGCCGAAUGGCCCUACUCAAGACCCUUUGAUUUCAUCCACGGCCGUGAGCUCGAGGGCUGCAUCGCCGACGACGACAAGCUCUUUGCCCAGGCCUUUAAGCAUCUGAACCCCAGCGGUUACUUUGAGUUGCAGGCAGCUUACACACGUUUCCUCUCUGACGACGACACUGCCAAGAAGGCUACGGAUGUUCACUCUUGGUGCAGCCAGCUGGUCGCGGGAAUUGAAAAGUUUGGAAAGCCUAUAGAUGGUGCUCCUACGUGGAAGAAGAAGUUGGAGGAGGCUGGAUUCCAGGACGUUCAGCAGGAAAUUCUCAAGCUACCCAUCGGCGGCUGGCCCAAGGAUCCCAAGCUCAAGGAACUCGGCAAGUAUCAACUCAUCCAGCAGAUUCAAGGCGCCGAGUCAUACACGCCCGCCGUCUUCUCCCGAGUCCUCGGCUGGAGUGACGAGGAGAUCCAGGUGCUCAUCGCCAAGGUGCGCAAGCAGUUCAACGACCCGACCAUCCACCUCUACAUUCCGGUCUAUGUUAUCUGGGGUAAGAAGCCUGAGCAGAAGGAGGAUUGA